UCACCCUCACUAGUCCAUAGUCAGUUCAUGAGCACUGCUGGCAGUAUUGCUCCGUAACGGACGUGGUCGCUCUCCCCCCGUGCAUGCUCUUGUCGUGCGUGGACACUAAGAAGAAGAAGCGCAAGCUCAGUACUCUGGAGGAAGGAAGCAGCAGCAUGUGGUCAGACUCGCGUGGUACUACCUUGCCCAGCGGUGGCGUGGCUGGCUCGUCGUCACGCUCGCAGCCUCCACAGGCCGCGGCGCUAGCGGCCAUGCGCCGUCACGGACGCACACUCUUGCUUCUCGUCGCUUUCGGUGUAUUAACGUAUAUAUCACUGUCCAAGUCGACGAUGAGUGGCAGCGUAGGUACCGGUAUCAGCAACAGCGCCGAACUGCGAACACCUCAGAACUGGGGCAACGAUCAGCCGAUGUUGCUGCCGUCGGUGACCACUGUUAAGCACAAUAUUCGACAACAGCCGACACUGGCACCGCCGCCUAAGCCCAACUCCUUCGGCAUCGUCAUCGUGGCCGAUCUGGACAAGAAAUCCAAGGACGAGAGCAGCAAGAAGCCACAGUUCCUGUCCUACAUCAUGCACGCCACGCUCAAGGUCACACCCAGUAGCUCCAGCGCCACCCAGAAACGUGACGCGUACUCAGUAACUUUCGGAGAGGAAACCAGGUUCUCAACACACAUGAACGAGGCCGGACGAGGCUUCGAACUCAGCGAACUGGCCUGGUUUAACGGCAAAUUGCUGGCGUUCGAUGACCGGACGGGUAUUGUGUUCCGACUGAAGCACUUUGAGGGAGUGAGCAGGACCAAACCACUGCAGGCCAUCCCGGAGCACAUCAUCAUGGAGGGAGAUGGCUUCAAUGGCAAGGGACAGAAGCACGAAUGGGCUACAGUUAAGGACGGCGAGUUGUACAUGGGGAGUGUGGGCAAGGAGUUCACAGAUAACGACGGCAACGUCAUCGGUGAUGGCAAUUUGUGGGUCGCUGUGAUGGAUCGUGCUGGUGAAGUGCGUCACGAAGACUGGACGGCGAACUUUGCAGCGGUACGGAAGGCUCUAAACUGCGAAUGGCCUGGAUAUGUGGUGCACGAGGCCAUUGAGUGGAGUCCUGUGCGGCGCCAGUGGUUUAUCCUGCCACGACGUGUCAGUACUGAGCCGUACAACGACAUGGAAGACGAGAAACGAGGCUCCAACAAGGUUAUCAUUGCAAGUGAGGACUUUAGCAGCAUCCAGGUGCGAGAAGUAGGCAAAGUCACACCACUACGCGGUUUCUCGUCCUUCAAGUUCGUUCCGCGGUCCGACGACUCGGUCAUUGUGGCUAUCAAGAGUGUGGAGGUGGAGGAUGAACAGAGACAAACGUCGUAUAUUACAGUGUUCGACGUGGAUGGCAACGUGCUCAUGGAAGAGACCGAGAUCCCUGGAGCCAAGAAGUACGAGGGAGUUGCAUUCGCUCACGACUGGUCUUAGACAAUAGUCAAGUGUUGCAUUCGCGAUUCGCUCCAGAUUUCUGGGGAUUUAGCACAUUUGUCUCCAAGAUAGAACAGCGAUUUAGUGCCAAGCUAGCUGUAGAUUACCGAGUAUUGGCUGCUCCGAACAAGCCUCUCUUCCAUUGGAGUGGACAGGUGGUUCAUACAUCCACCCGACCUCACGUUUAAGCAAUACGGAUCAAGAAUGAAAGACUGCUGUCUCCUUUUACCAGUUAUAAAGAUGUCUAUUUGUCUUAAAGCGCAGUCAUGUUCUCGCAAAGCCACGAAAUCCCAUCGUUUAGUCCCUCACCUGUAGUGGCCACUGUUGGCUGCACCUUGACACGCCGAUUGACUUUUUCGCAGUUUUCUUGGAAUUCCAACGCUUCUGUGAGCUCUUGAACAUCUUUAGCGUCUGGUAGAUCCCGUUUGUUAAGGAUAAUUAGCAGGCACGCAUCUUGGAGUUGAGUGUCGACCAACAUUCCGGUGAGUUCGGCCUUUGCAAGCUCUAAACGCUGGUCAUCCGCACUAUCAAGCACGAAGAUGAUUCCCUAGACAAGUUUUAAACCAUUUAGUCGUUCC